GCUUUGGAUGGAUUGAUGGAGUAUCCACAAAUUGAUUUAUACGAAUUCCUCACAGAGUCCGAACUGCAACAGUACUACAAUGCCGUCAAAAAUGAAUUGAAAAUAACGAACGCGGCUCAAUUUAAAUAUGCAGCGGAUGAGGAUCUGCGUUUCAUCGGCCUCUCGAGGCCGGAAAUCCGAAGACUCCGCAAAUACUACGAGAAGCACUUUCCCCACAGCUAUCUCAGCAAGAUCAAGCGUCUGCUGCAGACCCCCACCACGAUGGUGAGACGGGAGGAUGGGGCCGGAUCGACCCAAGUGUCCCCCGAUGGAAGUCCAGCCGCGUCGCAGGCGACCAAGAACGGUUCCACAUCGCCCAGCAAGGUGCCCAACAACAAGCACAUAAUACCGGCCGACUCGAUCAGCGUCAACAAGCAGCUGGGCACCGGGGAGUUUGGCAUUGUGCAGCAGGGCGUCUGGACAAAUGGCAGCGAGAGGAUCCAAGUGGCGAUCAAGUGCCUCUGUCGCGAGCGGAUGCAGUCGAAUCCCAUGGAGUUUCUGAAGGAGGCGGCCAUCAUGCAUUCCAUCGAGCACGAGAACAUUGUGCGGCUGUACGGUGUGGUCCUGGCCACAGAUUCGCUCAUGCUGGUCACUGAAUUGGCGCACCUGCGCUCCCUACUCGAGUGCCUCAAGGACUCUGGGCUUCGCGUCAGUUUCCUCACAAUUCCGACGCUCUGCGAGUUUGCCCUGCAGAUAUGCAAUGGAAUGCGUUACCUCGAACAGAAGCGCCUCAUACACAGGGACCUCGCCGCAAGGAACAUUCUGGUAUUCAGCAAGGACAAGGUGAAGAUCUCCGACUUCGGGCUGUCGCGGGCUUUGGGUGUUGGCAAGGACUACUACAAGACCAACUUUAAUGUGAACCUAAAGCUGCCGAUUGCCUGGUGUGCUCCCGAGUGCAUCAACUACUUGCGCUUCACCAACGCCUCCGAUGUGUGGGCCUACGGCGUCUGUUUGUGGGAGAUGUUCUCGUACGGGUUCCAGCCCUGGGCCGCCCUAACCGGACUCCAGAUACUGGAGGCCAUCGAUGCCCCCAACUUUCAGCGCCUGGAGCAGCCCGACUGCUGCCCCAGUGAGUACUACACUUUGAUGAUGAAGUGCUGGCAGGAUGACGCGGCCAAGCGACCCAAGUUCGGCGAGAUCUACGACCAGCUGCCGGACAUGAAGCCCGAGCAGCUCAAGGCGGUGGUCAACUGCACGGAGCCGAAGAAGGAUCACCUGAUGUACCGCCAGGGCGACAUCAUCAGCGUCCUGGACCGCAAUACGGGCUCACCCUUCUGGAAGGGAGUGCUCACCACCGGCAAGACCGGCUACUUCAACCCCUCGAACACGGUGGCUUUUCUCGAGGGCCUGCCCUCCAGCUCCAAUCGCGACUCGUUCAGCCGGGCGAGCGACCAUCGCAUCAGCAAGCGCAAGCUUCGCACGGAGAUGAUUUCAAAGCCGCAGAACGAUUUCAAGCACACCGGACAUGUGGGCAUCGAUGGAGCCACCUUCGGCGACAUUGCCUUCCUGGGAAGCUCUCAAAAUUACAAUCAUGUGCCCAAGCAGAUAGUCACACCGUACAAGCCGUCGGAGGAUAUUGAACAGACGCCACUGCUGCUGCCACCCACGCCCACGAGCCCCGACUCGCUGCAGACGGCCAGUGGCUAUUUCCCCGACGGGGCCGGCACCAACAGCUUGAAUCCCACAUUCAUUCCCUCCGCCGAGCACACGCCCAAGCUGAUCGCCACCAACGGCCAGAGCUCGUUUGAUUUUGCCGCCAGCGGCUCCACCAAUCCCUUCUUCCUCAACAAACUGGACGACGAGCAGCUGGAGUUCGCCCUCCAGCAGCAGCAGAACAACAACAUGCAGUCGAGGGGGGGCUCCCGCAGUGUCCUGCAGGAUGAUCCGCACGAGUAUCACGAGAUAUCAGACGAUGAGAUGGCCGCCGAUAAGCUGGACUUUGGGCCCUCGCUGCUGGACGAAAUCAACUCGAUGUUCGGGUCGAUAAGUGGAGCUUCUGGGGGCCAGCCCAAGUCGCCGGGAUUCGAGCAGGUGAACAGCAAGAACGAGUUUGCUGAGCUGUCGGUGAAGCUGGGCCAGAAGCCGGGCGAUUCCAAUGGCAACAAGCAUGGCCAUGGCCACGGCCUCCUGUCCAAAAAGAAGACCUUGGGGACUGUAAAGCCCAUAUCUGUCAAGGACGAAAAGAUGCUCAACCAUGCCAUCGAAAUAGCCAACGAGAUAAGCGCCAGGUCGAUGAUUGACCUGGUCUCGGACCAGGCCCCGGCCACCCACAGCCCUAAGCGCAAGUUUAGCUUCCGAUUCCCGCAUUUAAGCAACAACAGCAGCGGCGACAAAGCGCAGAGCUUUGGGGGCGCCGGCGGCGGCUCGGCCGGCGGAUCUGGGCAUACGCCCACCCAUGCCGGAAGUGCCUCGCCCUUCUCCAAGAAGAAGAACUUCACCGAGGAGCUGCAGAGCAUUCCGGACAUACAGCGCUUCCGCUCGCUGAGCGAGAUCAAGAACGGCGCCGAUCUGCGCGUGCCCAUCUUUGACAAGGAGAGCUCCGACUUUCUGUUCGAAAAGUCGCGGGAGAUACUGAGCCGUCCCCUCAACCUGGACAGCUCCCUGGAGGGAGCUCCAGAGGAUCGGCAGCAGCCGAAGAGCAUCACCGACAACAUCAUGGACAUUGAGAACACCCUGAAGGCGCUCAAUCUGGACUUUAUGCACACCUACACGGAGCUGGACAAGAGCGACUCGAACGACACGAUCCUCAACGAUCAGCAGCUGCCGCAGCUGAUCAGCCUGGACGAUGGCAUCAGCAGUGCCACCGGCAGCCUCAAGUCGGCCGUCUACAGCUACAGCAACGGGGUCCAGACCAUGUUCGACUUCAAUGCGGCCACCAGCCACCUGGACAAGCAUCUCCAGUACAUGCACAACCAGGCUCAGAUAAGUGCCGCCGCUGCGGCGGGCGGGCCGGAGCCCAAGCUGAUGGAAGACAAGCGUUCGAGCACCCCGGACACGGGCUUUGCCUCGCGCGACACCAACAUUUCGUUGUCGCGCCGCAGCAGCCAGAAGUCCAGCUACAGCCCACAGGAGAGCUACUUUCCCAUCAAGACCGAGGUCCUCUUCAGUGCCCCGCCCGUGAUCAUGACCAGUGGUGGCUACCCGAGCCUCAAGGACGAACUGGGUGGCUACGAGCGAUUUGGAAACGGCGCCACAAAGCAAAUGCUGGCCUCUGCCUCGCCCAUCAAGUCGGGCACGGGCUCAGGCCUGGGCAGCAGCAACUCCGUCUACAUGGCCUCCAAGAACUACCGCCAGCGCUCAACCUCCUUCAACGAGAGUUUCCACCCCAUCUCUCCUGUGCUCUCUGAGCCGCCACAGAGGGUCGUCAUGCAGCGGCAGGUCAGCAGACCAGAGCAGCCGCAACAGCAACAGCCCUCUGCUCCCCUGCCGCGUCGCACGGCUUCCUACAAGCCGCGCUCCAUUCGGGCCCGGACCAUGCGGCGGCUCAGCUACAACCCCAUGACCCUGUACUCCAGCUCCUCCAGCGGCGAGGAGGAGGAGGACACCAAGCCCAGUCUGGCCCGCUCCGAGUGCGACAUACGCGCCAGAGUGGUGGGCGGUUCGAAUACUUCGAUGAGCAGACGUCGACGGGCGGCUCUCAUCCGCCAGGUGCAGUCUGCCUGUCACGACGAGCGGGACGCCAUCAUAUCGCCGCGUCAGAUCUACGGCUCCAACUCGAGCAUCAAGUCUGCGCCCCACUACAACUUUGGAGGACAGCGCCGCAGCUUCCACCGGGGCGGGUCCGCACACGGCCAUGGCGGCGGUGGCGGCGGCGGCUAUGAGCAGUUCCAGUACGAAGAGAGGAUCUACGACUUUGGUGGACGUGGUCCGGGCAACAAUUACUGCAGCGGGCUGCCAGGCUAUCUAAUGGCCUAUCAGAAGCCCAUGUGCGCGCCAAACGGAACGGAUUUGGGACCGGGAUCCGGAUCGGGCUCCUCCUCGGCAGCCUCGUCGGCCGUGCAUGCCACCUACAGACCUACCGGCACCGGCACCGCGGGAGGAGUCACCCUACAGCGACCCAUGAGUGGGGGAGCUGCCCUCCAUGAGUUCGACAUUAGCAGGCUCACGGGCAAGAGUCCCACAUCAACCAAUUUUGUGGGAAGCUCACCGGAGGAGCUCAAGCAGCGACAGCUAUCGAUGGGCUCUCUGCUGACGCCUGGGACGACUGGAAAGCCGAAUACGAAGCACCAGCGGCCCACUGAAUUCCAUUGGCCAGAGAAGAUUCACGCUUCGUCGGUGAAGCAGCACGAGAUGCACUGGAGGCAGGGGCAGCAGCAGCAACAGUCUCAGCCCCAGAAGCAGCAGUUGCAUGCGACGGUGCCGCUCAUUAGCUCGGUGGGAGCCGGCCGAAGGGGAGCAGGAUCCAGCGAUAGCUCCUCUUCCUCGAGCACAGAGAGCGGCGACGAGUUUCAAUUUCGUCCGGAGUCGGAGCUCAAUGCACCACGGAUUCCGCCCAGCCCGGCUCCAUAACUAAGGAAAAUGCUGAAAUAUGUUCUCAAUUUACUGUUUGGCAAUGUUCUGUCCGAUUAGGGUUCAGUUCUAUAGGAUCGAUCGAUAACAUGGAAUGGAAUAGAUGGAUCCCGGGAGCCAAGGCCCAGGGAGGGGAGGGUAUCGUGUAUCGUGUAUCGUGUAUGUGUCAGUGUCAGUGUCAGUGUGUUGAGUGUGUGUGAUUGAGUGAGUGUGGGUGGGUGGGUGCUAAAGAAGGAUAUGAAGGAUGGGCGGUCGGUUGGUUCGUGGAGCGGUACGGAAGUAGAGCGGAAAGUAAAUUGAAGAAAUAUUUACAGCGAUAAAUACGUAUAUUUUUUGGAAUUUGAAUUUUUUGAAUCGAUAUGAAUGAGAGUAGAGUGUGCCUUACAGGAAAACACCGCAAGACCUCUCCAAACAGAUAAUAAUGUGCAGAGCAGCAGAACUAGCAGCAUGCCUACAUACAGGCUUCCAUUCCAUUUCAUUAACUAUUAUCCAUCCGUUGUAUUAUCCACCGCAUCAUCAUAAAUCAUACAUCAGCGGUGGUCAUGUCCUGCUCCUCCCAUCGCUCCCACACAAGCGAAUGGCCAAGUAUAUAAAAACAAAGCACAUUUCGUGUGCCUGACGAGGCAGACUGAGUUUCGAUAGCAAAAAUCCUGCCCACCGCUGUCAUAGAUCAUCAGAUCAAUAGAUCGCUUUCAUCGAUGCACCGAUUCACUUCACCCAAUAUUUCGAAGAAACAGGAAAUAGAGAAUAACUAAACCAAAAACCAAUAUUGCGAAACAAAGAGUAACGAAAAGGCUUGGCUUCCAAAUCGAAUAGGAAAACGGAAACGGAAACUGAAAGAGAUAUUUUUUUUUCUUUAAGCCCCAAAAGCUUUUGGUUGACGGAAACAGUAUUACAAGGCAAAGCGAGGUAACCACUGGAAAAUAUACUCACAGAGGUAGAGAGACCUCCUACUAGACAACAGGGUAUUACCAAUUACCAAUUACCAAUGGGUUCUUCAAUUGUUUUCGAACCUUUUUGAGAGAUAACUAUAAGUCAGACACACACACACACACACACUAGAGAUCUGCGGGGCUACAUUUAGAACAUAAGUCCAAAAGAGUGCAUUCGAAUCUGUGUGCGAGGAACACAUUAAAAACUCACAUUUCUGUGAGUGCAAGUGGGGCAUUUAGCAAAGGAAAUGGCAAGGCCGAAGAACAUUGAAACUACUCGAAGGCUUUUGCAAGGCCACUUUGUAUAUUCUGUCGUGCUUCUUUGUUUAAAUGUUGUGCACUCGAGUGCACUCAUCGAAAGGUCCCCAUUCUUGCAGACCUCUAACACACAGACAUAGGAAGAUACACACAACACAGACACAUACCCUUUGGCAAUCGUUAGAAAUAUAGAAAAACAAAACAAAACGACAACAGAACAGAACAGAAAAUUGUCCACACCAAGAGGUACUACUACUCGCGAAAGCCAUAUUAUGUGCCAUAUCCUGAAGCUUGCAUUUCUAUGAAACCAAAAGAGAAGCGGUACCCCCAAAAACCUAACACAAAAUAGAAGCAUUUAAAGCUGACUUUAAACUACAAACUAAACGAAAAGUGCGAAAGCCCUAGAAUAUCGUAUGAGACGUGGAAUUAUUUGCCUACUAAACUUACUAAAUAAAAACCAAAAAA